GUAUGCCUUCUCUUGGAAACUUGCAAGACAUAUCCGCGUGCAGCAGUCUUGUGUUCGCGGCACUGGGCGCUUCACUGAACCGCUGCUAGCAUGGAGGGAUCCGGGGACGAGUUCAUGAAAUACCGCUCACCGCUGGUGUCCCGGUACGCCAGCAAAGAGAUGGCCUAUAACUUCAGCGACAGGAAAAAAUUCACAACUUGGAGAAAACUGUGGAUUUAUCUCGCUAAGGCCGAGAAGGCGUUGGGUCUCCCGAUAACCGAUGCCCAGGUGAGCGAGAUGGAGUCUCACGCGGAGGACAUUGAUUUCGUCAUGGCUGCAGAGGAAGAGAGGAAGUUGAGGCAUGAUGUCAUGGCUCAUGUGCACACGUUCGCUCAUUGCUGUCCCACCGCUGCUCCCAUCAUCCACUUGGGUGCCACGUCCUGUUAUGUGGGAGACAACACGGAUCUGAUAAUGCUGCGUGAUGGAUUUGAUAUUCUGCUACCCAAGUUGGCUCGUGUCAUAGACAGGCUGGCGAACUUUGCAGAGAAUUACGCCGACCAGCCGACUUUAGGCUUCACCCACUAUCAACCAGCUCAGCUGACUACUGUCGGGAAGCGUGCCUGUCUGUGGCUGCAGGAUCUGGUCAUGGACAUGCGCAAUCUUCAGCGUGCAAGAGAGGACCUGCGCUUCAGGGGCGUCAAAGGAACCACGGGCACUCAGGCCAGCUUCCUGCAGCUCUUCCAGGGGGAUCAUGAGAAGGUGGAGGAGUUGGAUAAGAUGGUCACUGAGAUGGCUGGAUUUAAAAAAUCAUACUUGGUGACGGGUCAGACGUACAGUCGUAAGGUUGAUGUCGAUUCACUCUGUGUGCUGGCCAGCCUCGGAGCCACAGUACACAAGAUUUGCACUGAUAUUCGUCUGUUGGCUAAUCUGAAAGAGAUCGAGGAGCCGUUUGAGAAAGAGCAGAUUGGUUCCAGUGCCAUGCCGUACAAGAGAAACCCCAUGCGUGCAGAGCGCUGCUGUAGUCUUGCUCGCCACCUGAUGGCGCUGGUGUCAGACCCUCUGCAGACUGCAUCAGUGCAGUGGCUGGAAAGAACCCUGGACGACAGCGCUAACAGGAGGAUCUCAUUGCCCGAGUCCUUCCUCACAGCUGACAUCAUCCUCAGCACUCUGCAGAACAUCACUGAAGGGCUGGUCGUGUAUCCUAAGGUGAUCGAGAGGCAUAUCCGUCAUGAGCUGCCCUUCAUGGCUACUGAAAACAUCAUCAUGGCCAUGGUGAAAGCUGGAGGAAACAGACAGGACUGCCAUGAGAAGAUCCGUGUGCUUUCCCAGCAAGCUGCGGCCGUGGUCAAACAGGAAGGGGGAGAUAAUGACCUACUGGCUCGGGUUCAGGCUGAUCCAUAUUUCACCCCCAUACUAGGACAGCUGGACACCUUACUGGAUCCCAAAACCUUCAUCGGCCGAGCCCCACAACAGGUUACAAGGUUUUUGUCUGAGGAGGUCAGGCCUGUUCUAGACCCAUACAAAAGUAAAAUGGACGUGAAGAUUGAACUAGAGCUUUGAGACACGUGCGACUCUGUGACUGACGCUUCAGAACUGUAUGACAAUGAAUAAAUGUCUAGCUGUUUAA